AUGGAUCAAGAUCAGCCAGACGAUUUUGCUUCUGAAUCUUUCUUCGAUCAAAAUUCGCUCCAGCAACAAAUUCAACAGAUCGAUGCGACCGCCGAUCUCAACGCUGUCUCUAGUGUCACUCUCCCUCAAAACCAGGCUGUCGUCGACAAGCUCUCGCGUCGAUGGUAUUGUGGCUGUCUAGAACGCAUUGCAUGGUCGAGACAUGGCCACCUUGCCAGCAUAUCCGAUGAUGGAUCCACGGUGUAUCUGGAAUGCAUUCGCUACAACUACGAAUCAAAAUCCUGGGGUCUGCACGAAAGACACCCCUUAACGACCCUCUUCGAAGACGCCACCAGUCUAGCCUGGAGCCCGAAUGGAGGUGAACUUGCAGUGGUGGAUGUCAAGGGACGGAUAUGGAUUUACCACAACUCUGUCCUCGCCAUCAAUCGUUUGAGUCUUGCUCGUCAAGGGGCGCUGGACGAGGGGGACGAGUAUUCCCAACCGGUUGGGAUGACAUGGCUGAAUCAGGAUCGACAAGAAAGACCCAGAAAUGUGGUUACCCAUGCACUUAAGGGUGACACGCGGUGGCAGCAUGCCAAUGCAAGAGCGAAACCGCUUGGUCCCUAUUGGCAUCGUGCCGUUGCGAUCGUUCACCGCAAUGGCCUGUUCACACUUUGCUUCCAAAGAGGUGACGGGCAGUAUUCCAAGGUAACUAAGCAGUUGUCUCCACCAGACGACAUCCUUUACAGCCAUGCCAGCUUUGCCCCCACGGUGGAAGGAAAGAUGUUGAUCACUCUGCACUCUUUCCAAAAAGUCAUCUCGGUUUACUUCCUCUCGAUAGACUGGAGUGAGGUCAAGCAGGCUAUCGAAGGCUUGCCGGUCUUGACUCUCGAAUCAAUUUCAAGCAAAGUCUCCUCGCAACCCUCUGGGUCUCCGACCCUUGCUGAUACCUACGACCCGGAUUCGUGGCUACUUAGCCAUCUAGAAGUGGUGCGCACUUCGGAUGUCGAGAAAGCGGUCCAGAUACCCCCCACGAUUCUCGCGAUAUCGUCUGGCGUCAAUAGAACUGUCAAUAUAACAGACUCGGGCUUCUUGGUAUCGAGCGUGGUCAAAAGAUGGUCGGUUACCCCUGUUGAGCAGAGAUUGCACCCACUGUUUGAUGCCCUGCCGUCCACUGGUGUUGGAGCGACGGUACCCAAACCUGGCUACACCCUUCAGAAACAACCAGAUAAAGAAGAACAGGUCAUCACGACAAUCCACCAUGUGGACGGUGUUCAAGCGUUUGCGAUCACGACACUGGAAAAUCGCACGGAUUUCUUAAGCUCUGAAGACUUGUCACCUAUGUCAUACACCGCAUUGGUACAGGAGACCGCAUCCAUGUCUCAAUCUGGAUUUGCAUUUCCUUAUGCUCAAGUCAUUCUGACACCGGUUUUCUCUCCCAAUGCCUGUGUGAGAGCAGAUCUGACGCUGGACGGGAAGACGCAACUUGUUGCCAUGGAAUACCAACUGGGACAGCCUCAAUCACUGCAGCCGCUAGAUCCAAAUGUUGACGUGGCUCUUGCAGCCCUGAAUCUCACCUUUGCACGAGCGUGCUGGUCCAAUGCCACCAUUGACGACAUCCUGAUGUGUGUCUCACAGUCUGUUCCGACCGAACUCAUCCCCACCGUGAUUUCGACCGUCUAUCGCACGCUCUUUCGCGACAAUGACUUUGUAAACGAAAGGACCGAUGGCUCGGAACUCGAAAAAUUUAUUCACAAAACGGUGAUUGGAAGAGUCCUGUCUUACCAUGCAAGUCUCGCAGCGAACUGCCCCCAUCUCCCCUCCAUCGCCUCCACCGAUCGGAGACAUGGCUGCUGGUCACUCAGUGCACAAUGGGCUUGGUUGGUGAACAAUAUUCGACAGACUGCAACCCUACUUUUCGUUACUAUGAGGGACGUGCAGAAUAUUCAACUCGUCAUGAGCCAAGACUUGACCGAUCUGCUCUGCUCGAAUCUUCGAUGGGGCUUGUCACUGAUGAGAUUUAUCAUUAGCACUAUUUUAGAGGUGGGCGAUCGAGAGACGAACCCUGAGAUGUUCGAUGAGAAAGAUCCCGGCAGAGCGGGCGAUUCUCACGGCGACGGCAGACAGGGCCUGGUCGCGUUGCUGUUGAAUUGUCACCCUUCGCGCAUCUUUCUCAUCGCGUUCGUCAGAGCCGUCAGAGCGUACGCGAAGAACACAGAACCGAAAUCCAAUCACCAUUUGCAAGUGCUACAAUGUAUUCAGCAGCAAACAUCGGGGAAAGGUCUGUCGUUCCAAGCCAUGGAGGCACUUCUUGAAUACAGAUGGUCCGCCGUCGGUGACGUGGACAGGGACAUGGCUGCCACAGCUGUACGCCAGCUCGAGAUGAUGGCUACGGGGAUUGUGCAUGAGUCGUACCAAGGAACGAUCAAGGUGCUGCUCAACACGCUAUUCAAUAGCCCCCAGGGACUUCGAGCCAAGAUGUUAAUCGAUCGAGCCAAGCUAUUCAUUGACCACGUCGAUCUGGAACACAUCUUCUUAAAUCACGACAUCCUGGGCCGACGGAACAGUGAUGGAGAGCCCGAUGAGAAAGAGGUCAUCUACGAUGUACAUCGAAAGAGGCCAAUUCUGAAGGGCGUCGCAGAGCCCAACGGGUCAGGGCAACUGAUGAUCAGGAAGUGCUUGAGAUGUGGGAGUUAUAGUGAGGAUGUCAACGUACCACCUAGGGAGUGGCCUCGGCAGGUUGCUAUGCUACUCAUGAGAUGUGUUUGCGAUGGAGGCUGGGUGCUUAAGCCUUGGGAUGAGGUCCACAAAUGA